AUGUCUCCUCGAGGGCAGAUUGGUUUGCUUUGCACACUGUUUUGUAGUGCAGCAUUCAGCACAUGUGGAGCAGGCCAGAAUGGUGCUGAGCCAGAGGUGACUAUUGCACUUGGGCGGCUCAGAGGGAAACAGACAAGUGUGAAGGGGACGGACAGACUUGUGAAUGCUUUCCUUGGGAUUCCUUUUGCAAAAGCCCCUGUUGGAUCAUUGAGGUUUUCCCCACCUGAACCACCAGAACCCUGGAACGGUCUGAGAGAUGCAACUUCUUACCCACCACUAUGUCCUCAAGAUCUAUCCAUGCUGAAAAUAGCUGAAAAAAACUUUAAAGAAAAGCACAUUGCAUUCCAAACAUCUGAGGACUGUUUGUAUCUCAGUGUGUACAGCCCUGCUGGCUCGAGCAAGAAGGACAAGCUACCUGUAAUGGUGUGGAUCCAUGGAGGCAAUUUUAUAUUUGGUGGAGCUUCUAGGUAUGAUGGUUCUGCACUGUCAGCUUACGAGAAUGUUGUGGUAGUGAUAAUUCAGUACAGACUUGGACUCCUUGGAUUCUUCAACACUGGGGAUGAACACGCUCGGGGCAACUGGGCCUACUUGGAUCAAGUAGCAGCUCUUCGGUGGGUCCAAGAAAACAUUGAACACUUUGGAGGAGAUCCAGGAUCUGUCACACUCUUUGGUAUAUCUGCAGGAUCUUGCUCUGUUUUUGCACAUGUUUUAUCUCCUUUGUCUAAGGGUCUCUUUCAUAAAGCAAUAUCAGAGAGUGGAAUUCUGCUUCCCUCCAAUAAAGAUGCAUAUAUUUCAACAGAUCUUAAGCAAAUUGCGAGUGUGUUUAAGUGUGACACGAGCAGUUCACUCUCACUUGUAAACUGCUUACGGAAGCAGGAAGCAGAGCACAUCAUCUCUAAGAGCACGGACAUCUCAUUUGUACCUUUAGUUUUGGAUGGAGUAUUUCUUCCUAAGUCACCUGAAGUGAUAAUGGCUGGGAAAGAAUUUAAUGCAGUCCCGUUUAUGGUUGGAGUCACCAACAAUGAAUUUGGCUGGAAUAUUAGAUCUACAUCAAAAAUGACAGGUUUGAAGGAAAUAGGAGAUAAAAAGUCAAUUGCUUCAACUAUAGAGUUCUUUCUGCCAAUGAUAGAUUUGCCAUCAGAGUUUCUGCCCAUGAUAGUCGAUGAAUACCUAGGAAACACAGAUGAUCCUGCCGAGCUACGGGAUGGAUUUCUGGACUUGCUCGGGGAUAUGGCGAUCGUCAUGCCAGCCAUCAAAGCACUCAAUUACCACAGGGAGUCUGGAGCUCCUGCCUACUUCUUUGAAUUUCAGCACCGCCCCAGCUCAUACUGGGACAGUAAACCAGAGUAUGUGAAAGCUGAUCAUGGAGAUGAAGUUGGCUUUGUCUUUGGAGGACCCUUUCUGGCUGGAGAUAUUCAGCUCCGCAGUGAAGUUACAGAGGAAGAAAAGAACCUUAGUAGAACUCUAAUGAAGUACUGGGCUAACUUUGCUCGAAAUGGAAAUCCUAAUGGAGAGGGUUUGGUUGAAUGGCCAUCUUACAACCUACAUGAAGAAUACUUGCAGAUAAACCUGAAACAAAAGAAAGACAGAAAGUUGAAAGAAAAGAAGGUAGAUUUCUGGAGAAAGCUUAUGCUUGAAAAGACAAAUAAAAGAGUGGAAAACAAGAAGGUUAAUUCAGAGUUAUAA